AUGGACCCCGUGGAUACUUCACAACGUUUGGAGAGGCUCAGAGAGCUGAUGCGAGAGCGUAGCGUGGAUGUAUACGUUGUCCCGUCCGAAGACAGCCAUCAGUCUGAAUACAUUGCCCCCUGCGAUGGUCGUCGAGCAUUUAUUUCGGGGUUCACCGGCUCUGCCGGGUGUGCUAUUAUCUCUAUGAGCAAGGCGGCUCUCUCCACCGACGGCAGAUACUUCAAUCAGGCCUCGAAACAACUGGAUUCCAACUGGUUCUUACUGAAACGCGGCAUAGAGAACGUUCCAACGUGGCAAGAAUGGACCGCAGAACAGGCUGAAGGCGGCAAGGUGGUCGGCGUUGACCCUUCGCUGAUUACUGCGGCUGAGGCUCGCAAACUCUCUGAUACCAUCAAGGUCAGCGGUGGAUCUUUGCUUGGUGUUGAAGAAAACCUAGUUGAUAUCGUUUGGGGUGCAGACCGCCCUGCACGCCCAAAUGAGCCGGUCAAGGUGCACCCCUUGGAAUUUGCGGGGAAAGCCUUCCAGGAUAAGAUAAGUGACUUGCGCAAAGAGCUCGUCAAGCGGAAAAAGGCUGGCAUUGUUAUAUCUACACUCGAUGAGAUCGCAUGGCUCUUCAACUUGCGAGGCGCCGAUAUUCCCUUCAAUCCAGUCUUUUUCUCAUAUGCUAUCGUCACCCAGUCAGCUGCUGAUCUUUAUGUUAAUGCAUCUAAAAUAGCGCCAGACGUCAAGGAACAUCUGUCAGGUUAUGUUUCCUUGAAGCCAUAUGAGUCUAUUUUUGAUAACGUCAAGUUGUUAAGUCAAUCUUUAUCGAGUAGGGAAGGCGCUCCGCAAAAAUUCUUGCUUCCUGACAAAGCGUCAUGGUCCUUGAAUCUAGCCCUCGGUGGUGAGGAUAAGGUUGAAGAAGCCCGAAGCCCUAUCUCAGACGCAAAGGCGAUCAAGAACGCUGUCGAAUUGGAGGGGAUGAGAGCCUGUCAUAUCCGUGACGGCGCCGCAUUGUCGAAAUACUUUGCUUGGCUCGAAAACGAACUUGUCAAUAAAAAGACUGUUCUUAGUGAAGUCGAUGUGUCUGAUAAGUUAAAGGAAAUCCGCUCUGCAGGAGAGUACUUCGUCGGUCUAUCUUUCGACACUAUAUCUUCCACUGGGGCAAAUGCGGCAAUUAUCCAUUACCGAGCGGAUAGGGAGAGCUGCCCCAAUGUCGAUCCAAAUGCCAUCUAUCUUUGCGACUCGGGUGCUCAGUAUCUAGAUGGAACGACUGAUACUACUCGUACCUUUCAUUUCGGGGAGCCUACCGAAAUGGAGAAGAAAACGUAUACCCUCGUUCUAAAGGGCAUGAUCAGUAUCGACACUGCCAUAUUUCCUAAAGGAGUCACCGGAUACGCUAUUGAUGCUUUCGCACGACAGCACCUAUGGCGAUAUGGCCUGGACUAUUUGCACGGCACUGGCCACGGAGUUGGUUCCUAUCUUAACGUCCAUGAAGGCCCAAUGGGCAUUGGACCGAGGGUUCAAUUCGCAGAUGUAGCUAUCGCUGCAGGACAUGUUCUUUCGGAUGAGCCUGGCUACUAUGAGGAUGGUAAUUUCGGCAUUCGAAUUGAAAAUAUCGUAGUCGCAAAAGAAGUCAAAACUCCACAUAAAUUCGCGGAUAAGCAGUGGCUCGGCUUUGAGCAUGUUACCAUGACUCCCUUGUGCCAAAAGCUAAUUGACACCGCUUUGCUAACGCCUGAGGAGAUGAAAUGGGUGAACGACUAUCACCAGGAAGUUUGGGAGAAGACAAAUGAGCUCCUUGCAAAUGAUGAACUAACAACAGCCUGGCUGAAGCGGGAAACCUCGCCGAUGUAA